AUGGAUGGGUGGGCACACAUACCCGGAAUGACAAGAUGCACUGGGUUCAGUGUGGACUCUGGUGGUGGGUAGAUGGGUGCUCACCGUAGUCCUUCACCUUUUGUUUGAAGUGUCUCAUUAAAGAAUACGGGCGGGAAAAAAAGAUAUGUAACUGCAACCAGUUAGGACCAGUGCCUAUCUCCACUGCUUCCCUGAGCCUCGCCACAUUUCUCCCAGGAUGUGCGCUUAAUACAAACGUGUGAGUUCUUCUAGAUUUUUGUUUUGAGCCGGUAUUCGUUUUUUUUAAACGUCUACUUGGUUGUGACUUAUUUUUCAUUCCAGAUGUGUAUUUCUGUCCCCAUUUUGUCGGCCUCCGAGGCCGUAGGUACCCAGUGGCGGGAGGGCGUCCGCGCGGGGGUAGCGGCUCCUGCAGCUCCGCCUCUGCGCCCGGCGCUGCGGGGACGACCACGUGACCCUGCCGCCAUCUUUUUUUCUGGCGGACACUGUGGGCGGCAGCUUCCCCGCCCUAUUGCGCAGGCGCAUGCGAGGCGCGCGGGCGACAGUCCCCGGCGCUUUUUUCCCAGGCCCGGCCACCACAUGGCCCGCGUGCUCGUGGCGAAGAUGCUGGCGUGCGCCCUGAGCCCGCUGCUCCGGGGGAGCCCCGGGCCGGCGAAGCCCCGCGCGCUCUCCACUCUCCUGGCGGGACCUCUUCGCACCGCGGGGCCCGCGGGACCCUGGCCCCUGCCCGGCCGCCUCCUGCCCGGCCUGCAGCUUGCCCUGGGCUUCAAGACCAAGGGCGUCAUCAAGGAGCGCUGUCGGGACUGCUACCGGGUGAAGAGGCGCGGGCGCUGGUUCAUCUACUGCAAAACGAACCCAAAACACAAACAGAGACAGAUGUAGGUCUUCGCCGUAAAAUGUGCAAGACUGUGUCCCUUCCUUGAGGAACGGUACUACCUCAUGGAAAGGAAAAUAAAAGUGAAGCAGUGCCUAAUCUAA